GUGGCAGGGUGGGGACCCGGGAGGGUAUUUCCAGUUGGCAGCACUCGGGGAUCUCAUUGCUUAUCGGGGUGUUGACAGCAGAGCCAUGGCCGAGGAGCAGCGAGACCUCAUCUCAGACCACGGCAGCAACGUGCUCAAUGUCAGGGACACCCAGAGGUCUGCCUGGGGCCGCAAAGCCGCCCUUUCCACGCUCUCCAUCCUGGUGGCCCUGCUGAUUGUCGGCCAGGCUGUCACCAUCUACUUCGUCUACCAUCAGAGCGGGCAGAUCGACAAGCUGACCAAGACCUCCCAGAUCCUGCAGCUGGAGGCACUGCAGAAGAAGCUGCCUGCCAGUGCCAAGCCGGUGAAGAAGAUGACCAUGGUGAACAGUCCCCUGGCUAUGAGGGUCCUGCCUUUUGUCCCCUCUGCAGACAUCAUGGACACGGCCCCCGCUAGCAACAAAACGGAAGACCAAGUGAAGCACCUGUUGCUGCAAACGUACCCCAGGAAGACUUUCCCGGAGCUGAACGACAACCUGAUGGGCAACCUGAAAAGCCUGAAGAGCACCCUGCCUGAUGCAGACUGGAAGGCUCUUGAAUCCUGGUUGCACAAGUGGCUGCUGUUUGAAAUGGCCAAGAACCCCAAACCGGAGGAGGAUAAGGCAGUCCCAGAGAAGCACAAGGUGAUCCCAGCACAGAAAGUGCAAACUAAGUGCCAGGCGGAGGCCAGUUUUGGGGGUGUCCACCCAGGUUCCUUCCACCCACAGUGCGAUGAGAAUGGUGACUACCUGCCCAAGCAGUGCCAUGCGGCCACCGGCUACUGCUGGUGCUCCUACAAAAAUGGCACCAGGAUUGAGGGCACUGCCACACGGGAAAAGCUGGACUGCCCCGAUCCCGCCCCUGCUUUAGGGGCCACCGUGGAGCCAGAGGACAUGAUCUUCUCUGGGGUGGAUGUGCCCAAGCUGAGCAUGGAGAGAGCUGAGUAGAAGACGCCAGCAGAUGCCUGUCCUCUCUUCAGCAGCCCAGCUCCCAUAUUUUGGUUUUUUUUUU